AUGUUCAAGUCAAUCGUAGCAGUCGUUCUUCUGUUUUCGGCGGUAGCCCAGGGCUUGGAGGUUAUCCAAUGUUCAAACAACCGGCCCACGCCGCAGGAAGUGAUCAUCCCUGGUUGCAGUAGCUUACCGUGUUCUGUUCCUAACCAGUCGGACUUUAACUUCAGCGUGCGGUUCGCUCCCACCUUCCCGACCAACUCGCUGACGGUGGACGUUCGUGCCUCACUGCUGGGACUGUUUCUGCCGUACGAGGUACCCGAAAGCCUACGUAAUGGUUGCAACAACAUCAACACCUCCUGUCCGCUGACGGCUGGCCAAAGCGUAACACUGACGGGUAACGCUCCAGUCGAGGCUCCUCUGACGGGUGUUACUGUUACGAUGGAGUUCGAAAUUACCGGCGACGGAGGUCAGGUGGCCGUUUGCUUUGCCGCCACGGUGACACUGACCUAAGAUGCAUCACCGUUUUAGGGAAUUCCAGGAAUGAUUGUAGGCUGUUACGUACC